UUCCCCACUCUCUCUCUCUCUUCUACAUCCUUUUCUCUUUCCUAUUUGCCCCCCCCUUUGGGACCCUUCCUCCUUUUCUCCCUCUCUCUAAGAAUUAUUAUAUCUUCCUCAGGCAGCAACCUCGCUGCUCAGACCACUUCAACGCACACUCUUUGUAGAAUGGCUGAUAGUGUUGAAGGAGCUGGGUUCUGGUUGCCUUCCGAGUUCUUUGAUGAUUUUCUCAUGGACAAAGAGAACUUCGACAAGACCAACGCCUCCGACUCCGACUCCGAGUUCUGCUUCCCUACCGACUUCCCAUAUGAUUUUGAAACUAACAGCCAUGAACGUCUUGAGAAGCGUUGGGUGAUGUCGACUUCGCCUCAGUCGACGUUGGCCCAUCUUGGGAGUUGGAUGGGCGGGAGCGCCGGUGGGUCGAGCAACGGAAGCCCGAACGGCGUUCCUUCGCCUCCCACAACACCGUUAGGUUCUAAAAAUGACGCGGUUGGGAAUCUGAUUUACCGCGCCGCCGGUCAAGUUGCGAAGCUCAAGCUGAACGGCGGUGGGGGUCCUGGGCCGACUAAACAUAAGGGCCUUCUGGACUCUCCGAGAAGCGUCGAGCAACUAUACGCCGCUACGAAAAAUCCCAACCCUUGUGUUUUCCAGAGCAUUUAUUUACAGCAGCAGAUGGUGAAGCAGCAGAAACAGGGGUGUGGAAUGUGGUACAGUGAGCCACAAAUGUAUCAAGUGGGGAGUGGAAGAACAGCCGGGGGAGUGGGUGAAGAUGCAUGGCCCAUCCAGCAAAACCCUACCCGUAUACCCGGGACAGGUACGAGGGCCGUUUUGUAUGGCGGAUCUGGUGGCGGUGCGGCGGCGAAACGCGUAUGCGCAGGGACAGGAGUGUUUUUGCCUCGGAGAUAUGGGAGUAAUAAUGAGUGUAACGCUUAUUCUUCGGAUUCUCGGAAGAAGCCAGGUUAUUCAGUUCCUUUUGCCCCAGACAGAAAUGUUCAUUCCCUCAACAACAACUUUGAUGAUAUGAAUGGUUUUGCUCAAUCCCAACCACAUCGUCACUCCACCAAGGUCAACCGAGGAUUCGUCCCCGAAUACGAUCUGUUGUUGGCUCGGCGGAACGCGAUGGUGCUGCAACAUCGGCGGAGUCUACUACUUGCGGGAGGCACGUCUCCAAUGAACCGUGGGGUGUACCUUCCUCAGGAGUGGACUUACUGAUUCAGACCCAAGUGAUGGUAGAAAGAAACCUACUAGGUAGAAAACUAAGUUGGUAAAUGGCAGAAGAGAAGAUGAUGAUUUUUGAUUUUCUUGUGGUUUUCAUAAGUCAUAUUUGAUGAAGUCUGUAGUUAGAGGGGGACAAUAAAAAUGUUGGUUAAGGAUGGAGACUGAUGACAUUUUGUGACAAGGGUUGUUUUGCAAUAGUAAGAAGAAGAAGAAUAGAGGAAUAUGUCAUAGAAAAGCAAGCAGUAGUAGUAGUAGUUGGGGUGAGGGGUUUUUGGUUGUAAUAUUUUCAAUGAAUAAGUGGAUUGCAUCUUCUUCUUAGGUGGGGUUUGGCAUGUUAGAAAAUGUUGCAAGUGACAUCUACUGUGUUAGGUUUUGUGUGGGUUAUUUUGGUCAUUUUGUACGUUGCGGGAAAUGGAGAGAAAUCCACAGCCCCCCCUCUUGUAAUGGUAGUAGUGUAUUAUUCAAUUGCUAAAGUAUAAAUGUAAUAAGAAGGGGUAGUUUUGUCAUUAAUGUACAUAGUUGUGUAUUUAUUAUCAGUUAUGGUUAUUUUUCUCAA